CCUUCCUCAGCCGCCGUAGACUACGUCAGAGGUAAAUACUGUCAGCUAACACCAGUUAGCUACGUGUAGAUACACUAUGGCUUUUACUUUGUAUUCUUUAAUUCAAGCAGCAAUUCUCUGCGUCAAUGCUGUCGCUGUACUGCACGAAGAAAGAUUUCUAAGUAAAAUCGGCUGGGGAGUGGACCAAAGCGUCGGAGGGUUCGGUGAUGAGCCAGGCGUCAAAGUGCAGUUAAUGAACCUUGUCCGCUCCGUGAGGACGGUCAUGCGAGUGCCACUCAUAGCAGUGAAUUCAGUCUGUAUUGUGCUGCUGCUUCUGUUUGGAUGAGGAGGAAUCGGCUCUGAGGACGACGUCCCUUUUGACUUUGAAUAUGUCCUGUCAGCCUGCUUAUGAAUGAUGUCAUUUAAAAUGCAACACCAAUAAAGGGGGUACAAAUUGUGCUGCGUUUGUCCCGGUAAAGAAGAAGAAUAACCAUUUUCUUUUUAUUUUGUUUGUACUAUAAUAUAUAGAUAACACCUGUGGCCAGAUGUUAAAAGCGACAUUUACUUUGUCGUGUAUUGGUGGAAUUAUUGGACAAUAAACUGAACUGAACGUUU